AUGGCAAUUGCAGCAGCACGCGAAUGGGAGAUCGCUCAAUGGACCAUUGAGAAAAAAGACCACCCGAGAGCACCGGGAACUCCCCAACUUGCAGCUUCGGUGAUACAGUCUGAUGCAGCCUGGGAAGCAACAUCAAACAAUGCGGGCCUUGCGUGGAUUUUAAAGACAGGGGAACAGAGUAUGACUGGGAUGAAAGGGGUCAGCUUCAUCUCCUCGGCUUUAAUUGCGGAAGGCUUGGCAAUGAGAGAAGCGAUGGCUGCGUGUAAACUCAAAGGACUGAGGGAAGUCCGCUUUGAAUCGGACUCGAGCCAACUGAUCACGGCGAUAAACCGGAACGAACCACCGCUGGAACUCUAUGGGAUUGUUCAAGACAUUGUUUGUAUGGCAAGGGAUUUCGAGAUCGCCAUUUUCUUUUGGAUUCCUAGAUUGAAGAAUGUUAAUGCAGAUUUGCUAGCUAAAAACGCGUUGAUUGUAUUUGGGCAGGAAGUGGCUGGGAUUUUUCUCCCCCCACCGAACUAA